AUGUUGAAAGAUCAAUUUACUUAUCAAUAUUCAACAUUAUGGAUCGCCGGUGUAGAAUCCUACGAUUUUCGGGGCAAUUACCAUGGACUUCCGGACCAAAGAAUCCCGGGUUUUCCAGAAUCUGAACCGGAACAACAUGUUUACACACAGCCUCAUCAAAAUUUCGGAAAUCGAAAAAAUAAUCCAAGGGGGAAUCAUGAGUGUGAUAAAUGCGGACGAACUUACAUGCAUAAGCACACUUUGUUGCGACAUAAAAGUUACGAGUAUCAAUGGAAUUCUUACAUGGGAGUUCCGGCAUCAACACCUUAUCCAAUUUUAAACUCAAGAUUGACAUACAAGCCAUCCGUUGACAUUCAAACAAAUGAUUUUUGGUCUGUCUACAAUAGAGUUCAGGACCAAGGGAAUCCGAAUGUCCAGGGUCAAUGGAACCAGAAUGCUCAGGGCCAAUGGAACACCAAAUUUCAGAACCAAUGGAACCCGGAUGUUCAGGGCCAAGGACAUUUUAUUCAUCAGCAGCAUCUCGAAGGAAAAAAAAAUGCUUUAUUUAAAUGCCAUUUAUGUCAUUACACAGCUCGUCUCGAAUCAUCCCUUUUGAAACAUGUGCAUUCUAAACAUUCGAAACCUUCAGAUGAAAGGAAGUAUGAAUGCGAUACGUGUACUCGAACUUAUAAGUGGCAAAAUAAGACCAUAGAUUUGAAAAAAAAACGUAAGCUACUAAAAGGAGAAGCAAGACUGUCCCAAGGACCUUAUCUCUGUUCUCAGUGCGGUGAUUCCUUUGAUGAUAAAGUACCUUUCCGUAAACACCAAAUAGAAAAACACAAUGUUGUCCUUUGGUACGGAAAAACGUUAAACCUAAAAAACACAAGGAGAUCUACAAGAAGUCUGAAAACCGGCGACCUUUCCAAGAAGGAAAAUAUUAAAGCUGAAAAAUUUGCUAAAGGAAAAUCUUCUCCUGAAACUUUAACGAGAGAGCUUUUUCAGAAAUUUAAAAUAAAUCCCUGCUCAGUUCAAAUAGACAAUCUCAAGUAUGUCAUCAAAAUGCGCGAAAUAAAAAAGAACUCGAAAGCUUCCGAAUUCAAGAAGAAGUUUGAUAAAACUGACUGCGAGAAAUGUGGACGACGAAAUUAUAGUGCUUCUAAUUGGACAAUUGCCACUCUUCCAUCAACAUCAAGAGGUUUUCAAGAAAGACGUUUGCGUUCCAUGACUUCAUUCAAUGUUUUAAACCGUUCUACUUUAGUUAAAAAUACUUGUUGGACUUCUCGAAAAUAUGUUUGCAAUGAUUGUGGAAGAUCAUAUACUUUAAAAGCUUCUCUGACACGACACAAACAAUUUGAAUGCAAUGCUCAGAUUUUGAGAGGCAGUUCUGAAGAGGCAGACAGGAAAUCGAAAGAACACAUGUGUGGAAAAUGCAAAAGAAGUUACACAUUUUUGACGUCACUGUGGCGUCACCAGCGUUACGAAUGUGGCGUUGAGCCAAGAUUUAUUUGUCCAGUGUGUCGUACUAAAUUUGCACAGAAAAGUAAUCUUGAUCGUCACGUGCGAACUCGACACUAA